CGCCCUCCUACUUAGCCUUUCCAUAGCCGCCGCGGAGACUCGCCCGCCACCCGUCGCCGCCAUGGGUUUCAGCCUCAACAACCCGCUGCCCUCAUCGCUGAACAGCGAAUGUCGCAAGACUGGAAAGAUCCUGGCGUCUUUUGUCGACCCUAAACAGGCCUUUGGGCCCGACAAGAUCAUCCCCCCAAACGUUCUCGCAAACGCAAAGGGCCUCGCCAUCCUCACUGUCUUCAAGGCCGGCUUCCUCGGCACAGCGCGAUUCGGCUCGGGCGUCGUGGUCGCUCGUCUCGCCGAUGGAUCGUGGUCGGCGCCCACGGCCAUCGGUACCAUUGGCGGCGGCUUCGGUGGACAGAUUGGUUUCGAGCUCACCGACUUCGUCUUCAUCCUGAACGAUGCUGCUGCCGUACGAACAUUUGCCCAGGCCGGAUCGCUGACACUGGGAGGCAACGUCUCCAUUGCCGCUGGUCCCGUGGGUCGCAAUGCCGAGGCAGCCGGCGCAGCCAGCCUCAAGAGCAUAGCGGGUAUUUUCAGCUACAGCAAGACAAAGGGCUUGUUUGCCGGUGUCAGUCUGGAGGGCAGCGGUAUCAUCGAGCGAAGAGAUGCCAACGAGAAGUUGUACGGUCGCCGCUGGACCGCCCGCGAAAUCUUGAGCGGCCAGGUCCCCCCGCCGCCCGCCGCAGAGCCGCUCCUGCGCGUGCUCAACUCGAGAGUAUUUUCCGGUGUGGGGGGUGCCCAGAAUGUCACCAAUGACGCCAUGUACAACGAUAUCCCGGUAUACGACGAUGCGCACGACAAUGUUGUGUGGCAGGGUCGCCGCGGCUCUGCCUUGGGUGAGGGUGUGCGACGGGACCGCACCGGCUCCCUGGGCCAGCAUGAUGAUUACGAGUACAGAGAUCGGCCCCAGAACUCGUCAUCGUGGGCGGAUGAUGUCUAUGAUAGACAACCCUCCUCAGCCCCAGGCGGCCUUAACCGCUCAUUUUCCGCUCGCGCAAACCCCAACGAGACGUUUGACCGCAUCGACUCGCGCACCCGCUCCUCGACGUUUGGUGAUGACUAUUCAUAUAGCGAUCGCAAGCCCGGACGGCCCACGGCGCCCAAGCCAGUCUUUGGGCAGACAACCGGGCAGAAAAAGGCAAACUUGCAAUCGGACCAAACGAUAGCCAAGUUCACCUUCGACGCCGAUCAGCCAGGUGAUUUGGGCUUUAAGAAGGGUGACAUCAUCACGAUUCUGAAGCGGACCGACAAUGAAACAGAUUGGUGGACAGGCCGAAUAGGAAACAGGGAGGGCAUUUUCCCAAGCAACUAUGUCGAGACUGUUUAAAAUUUUGCACCGAUAUCCAACCAGUCAAAAGCCCGUGACGUUAUUUGCUGCGCCACAUCGGUCCUGCUAUAAACUAGCACACUGCAUACACUGACGAAGAUGGUGGUUGCAAGCGGUGCAAAUCGCAUCGUCACGACCUAGAAGCCAAAAUUGCGUCCCAUCUAUACUGGGUGCGUUGAUUAUAUCACUACUCGUUUCAUGUUUUGUUCCUGUUCCUGUUCUUGUUCGCAGAUACCUAUAUAGCGUAGCAUGCAACCUAUGUAUUCUUUUGCAACUGGAUGAGUUUGAGAGGCUUGCAAGCCGUCCCGAUUGGUCCAAAAUGGCACAGAAGCCGGUUCUACUAGU